AUGUAUUUAUUUAGUACUCCUGAUAAUGAAACUUUGUUAAAUUUAUACAAUUUAAAAACACUACAUCCUGUAAAGAAAGAGGAUUUGGCAAUUGAAACAAAUAAUGGUUAUCCUGAAGAUAUACGGGCUUUAUCAGUUGAAGAACAAUUUGAUUUAUUAAGUAAAGUUUUAAAAUCAAAUGAAUAUGAAUUAUCAAGUACUAAAUUAGAUUUAAAUAAAAUAUCAGAAGAUGAUGCUCAAGAUCCAUUAAAAGGUAAAGGUUCAAAUGUUAUAUCAUCACUAAUUAAAAAGGGAAUAGUUUCAACUCCAAAUGAUCCAAUAAUACGAAAUUAUUUAAUAGGGUCGCAAAAUUUCAAUUCAUUUAAGUAUUUAACUACCAUCCAUAAAGAUUCUUCAUUGAAUGAAUUGAAUCAAUCUUUAAACUUUUUAGAAAAGAAUAUUUUAGCAUAUAAACAAGAUCUUAAACAAGCUAUUGAAUUCAAUUUUUUACAAUUUUUAGAUUGUAAGACUAAGAUUGAUAAUGCAUUAAAUGAGUUUUUAAAUUCAAAAUCAAAAGCACAACAAGAUAGAGAUAAUCUGAAAUAUUUUAAUCCUCAAAAACAUAAAACUAAAUUAAAUGGGAAUGAGUUAUCAUCUGAAUUAGAAAGUUCAUUAAAUUAUUUAACAACCACGACUUCACUAUUAAUUCGUCCAAUUAAUGAAAAUAAAGCAAAAGAAGAAAAGAUUUAUAAAAUGAUUGAAUUUAUUAAAUCUAAUGAAUUUUUCUUCAAUUUACCAUCUAAAUUAAUUCAUCAUUUAUCUGUAAAUAAUAAUAUUCAAUUCAUAGAUGAUUAUAUUAAAUAUAUUGAUGAAAAGGGAAACUUUUUAAAACAUUUAGAUAGGAAAUAUAAUGAUAUGAAGAAUAAAUAUACCCAAGAAAAGAACAAUAAAGGAUUACAAUCAAUUGGAGAUGAAAAGAAAAUGAAGUUGACAAUUAUAAAUAUUGUAUUUAAAGAGAUUGAUCAAUUGGCAUCACAAUAUCGAGAUAAAAUUUAUAAAGAAUUACUUAGUUUAGAUCAUGAAGUAAGUUCAGAUAAUGGUACAAAUUCAAAAUUUAUAUCCUUAGUUAAUAAUUUAUCAAAAUUAGAUCAUGAUCAAAAAAUUAAUCCUAUUGCUGAUUUUUUAACUAAACAAAUUACUGUCAUUGAUGAAGAUUUUGAAUAUCAAGUAGGUAAAUUUGAUAAUAAAUUUUUAAUUAUGCAAAAUAAAUUAAUUGAAUAUAUGUCUUCAUUAAAUGUUGAACAAAGAAAUGGAAGUCAUGUAAAUUAUAUAAAAGAUAAAUAUGAAAAUUAUAAAGAGGAUAUAAAACAAGCAACACAAGAAGAGAAAUUGUCCAUAAUUAAAGAAUGUUUUGAAAGUGAUGAUUUGUUAGAUUUGAGUUUGAUUAAUGAGUCAUGGUUAAUAUUAUACAAUUUCAUAAAUUAUAUUGAUAAUUUACUACUAAAGAAUUCAUUCAAAUUUCUUAACAACUAUAGUCAUUAUAUUAAAAUGGGAAUUGAUAAUGAUGGAAAAAUCAGAGAAUCAUUUUUGAAAUUUAUUAAUCAAGUUGUUUUAGUUCUUGGUACUUUAUUCGAUGAUGAAAAUGAAGGAAAUAAUAAUCAAUUAGAAAGUUCACCAAAGAAUUAUAAACAAUUUUUACCAUAUUAUACUAAUUCUUUAUCCACUAUGUAUCAUCUUGGUAAUGUUCAAGUUAAAGUGAAUAACAUCAUGACUAAAUUAGGUGAGAUUGUAGGCAAGAUUGGAAAUGUUUCAAAAUUUGAAGAUACAAAUAAACAGAUCAAGAAUUUAAAAGCAUCAAGUUUAAAAAUUAAUCAAAAAAUUCUUGAAGCUGUUUGUUCUACUUGGGUAAAUGAUUGUAUGCAAUUUUAUGAAUUAGAAGAUUGGAAUAUUGAAGAAACACAUAAUGGAGGAUCAAGUACAAAAUUAAUUAAAAUUAUUGAAUAUUAUCAAUUAUACAUAAUUAUGAAAUUAUCAAAUUUAGUUAAACCUAAAAAUUCAAGUGAGUUUAAAAUUGUUCGAUCUUAUCCAAGUAAACGAAUGUUAGUAAGUAUUGAAAUUCAAUUCAUGAGAAGUUUAAAUAUCAUAGUUGAUUCAUUAAUGAAAAAAUAUAAUAAUGAAAGAAAUGAAACGUCAUCUACAUUAGAAGUUUUUAAAAUUUUAACAAUGAAUAAUUUUGAUAAAUUGUCAAGGAUAAUAUAUCCUAGAUUAAUAGCCCAAUUUGAUAAAAAUUUUGAAAAGGAGUUAUCAAGACAGAAUUUGAAACUAUUUUCUGAUAUAGAUAAGGCAAGUUUGACUAUUAUUGAUGAUAUUUUAAAUAAUGAAAAAUUAUACAUUUCUACAAAUGUUAAUCAAUUUUUUAAUAAAGAUUAUGAAAUUAAUGCGAUUAAAGUUGAUUCAUUUAUAUUUGAAAUUUUGAUACAUUUUGUUAAAUUGGUAAAUAUUUUUAAACCAUUAACUAGUGAAGAGAUAUUUAUUACUAUAAUUAAUGAAUUACAAAUACAACUUAUAAAAACAAUGCUUGAUAAUCUAAGAGCAGAUUUCAAAUUUACUAAUCCUUUUGUGUUGAUCAAUUUAAAAUUAGAUACAAAUUUCCUUUUACAAGUAUUUGAUAAGUCCAAAUUAUUACAAAUCAAUGAUAGCUGUUACAAGUUCCUCCAAUUAUUAUUAAAUGAGAUUGAAAACAAGUUUAACGAAUUUGAACCACGUAUAAACUACAAUAAAUCAGAUUUUGAUAUCAUACUCGAAGAAAAUCUCGAAUUUUCAAGAAAUCAAUUCAGUUGUUUUUAA